AUGGCUCUCACACCUGCAACCCUGCAUGACAAGACAUCAUUACAGAAGAGGACAGUCAAGAAGGAGCAACAGCUGACUGAGAAGAAUGUUUUUUUCCAAAAGAUGGACACGAUUGAAGGUGCUGCAAAGGACUUCCUGAGGGAAAUUACCAAAAUGGACCACAUCUUGGACAGACCAGAUGAUCAAGACAAUUUCUCUGAAAAUUCACAGACUGACUUCCUUUACAAGGUGGACCCGAAACAGUGGGAUAGGUUGGAGCAGGAGUCUGAGGAUGACCAGGACCCAGAUAAACGGAACGAGCAAGAGCUCCAUCUUGUUCCCGAGGGCCCUCUUGUACCCUCACCGUCACAGUUUUUGGCGAAGAGCGUCCCUGAACUUGCGUUCUUCGAGCUGAACCAAUGGAAUGCAAAAAUGUAUCUACGAAUGAAGGAACUUGGAGCUGACCACGUUGAGUGGAUGGAGAAAAUCAGCAAUAUCAUCCGAAAAAUAAACAGUACAGAAAACACAGUGAAGAGCUUGUUAAAUGAGGUGGUAUCCCUGGAAGACCAGUCUGAUGACCUGGAGGAUGGGAAUCAGGACGCAAACAUCGAGGUGAAGAUCAUAGAAAUUAGAAAGCAAUUAAAAGAAAUGAGCACCAGAUUGGCCCAGGUAGAUGCUUGUAACAAAGCCCAUGAAUUAAAGGAGAAACUUGUUGUAUGGAUAAAAAACUUCCAUAAGGAGAUGGAUCUGCUGAAUGCUGAGCUGGGGGCAUACCACACACCAGAAACGGAGACAGACUCUUACAGCUCUGAGGACGUGGAUGUAGAAGAAACAGACCUUCUGCUUAGUGAGGCUUCCCCACCGGCUUCGGGGGCGAACUCUCCUUCCUGCAGUGUCGUGUGGAAGCAUGCCCUGAAGCUCUUCAUCAUAUUCUAUGUGGUUAUCUUCACUGGACUUUCAUGUUACAUACUGUUUGUGGAUGCCUCGUUUGUCUUCGAAAGGGUGCUCCCUAGUGUGCUGGGGCGCCGUACAAUGUGGGAGCUCAGGGAGAUGCUUGCACCUUUCUUGAAUUUGGAAGUGGAAGACUUGCUACCCUCCUAA